CCCAAGUUCGAUCCCAAUGAGGUGAAGGUCAUCCACCUGAGAACCACUGGUGGUGAAGUCGGCGCCCAGUCGGCUCUCGCCCCCAAGGUCGGUCCUCUCGGUCUGUCUCCCAAGAAGAUUGGUGAAGACAUUGCCAAGGCCACCGGCGACUGGAAAGGUCUCCGUGUCACCGUCCGCCUGACCAUCCAGAACCGUCAGGCUCAGGUCUCGGUUGUGCCCUCGGCCUCGUCGCUGGUCAUCAAGGCUCUCAAGGAGCCCCCCCGUGACCGCAAGAAGGAGAAGAACAUCAAGCACAACAAGUCGGUCAGCUUCGACGAGAUUGUUGAGAUUGCCCGCACCAUGCGCACUCGCUCUCUCGCCAAGGAGCUCAAGGGUACCGUCCUUGAGAUCCUCGGUACCGCCUUCUCCGUCGGUUGCCAGGUUGAUGGCCGCAGCCCCAAGGACGUCUCUGACGAUGUCAAGGCCGGCGAGAUCGAUGGUGAGUCAACCCUUUCCCAUUUUCGGGUACUUUAUAGUAGACGUCUCUGCUAA